AUGAAGCGGGAUGGAGAGGAAGAAAAAAUACAGUGGAAGAGGAGAAGAAGACGGCGCCAGGUUGAUAUGUUAACCUAUGAGGGAUAUGGUAUGGUUUUGGAUUUUGUCGUGGUUAAGGUGGCAUCAUCAUCAGAAACAGGAGAAGGAGGAGGAGGAGGAGGAGGAGGUGCGAACGGAGGAGUGACAUCAGGCAUUAUGCCCAUUCUGCUCAUGGGACAAGUUGAAGAAAAGGCAGUAAGUAGCUUCAUAUGCUCUCAAAAAGACGGAAAGAAGCUGGACGAAGAUAUCCCGUUACUCCCAUGGUGUUGA